AUGACCGGACUGAAACACUACACUGCUCAGGGAUACGAAGCAUUUCAGGAGACACUGAAAUCGAUUGGAAAAGGAAAACGAGUCGUCGCUCUGUUCACUGGAUCCAAAAUUCUGACAACCGGAGAGUCUUGGUGCCCGGAUUGUGUUGUUGCUGAGCCAGUUGUCGAAGAAGUGAUCAAGGACGCCGCCGUCGCCGGACUCGAUGUCCAUUUUGUCACUGUUUUCGUCGGAAAUCGUGAAGUAUGGCGUGACCCAGCUGUCGGAUUCCGUACUGAUCCAACACUCAAAUUGACAUGUAUUCCGACACUUUUGGAAGUUGGAAACAAGGCAAAACGUCUUUUGGAGAGACAAAUUGCCAAUAAGCAUCUCGUCAAGGACUUUUUCACUGAGGAAGACUAAAUUAUCGAUUUUUUGGCUAUUUAUUGUGCUGAAAAUUCCGCCAUUUUGUUGUGAUAUUUAGACGAUUUUUUGAAUUGGGGUUAUGGUUUUUGUUAUUUAAAAAAAAAAUUUUGUUCAGUUUAUAUAAAGGAUUUGGUGAUGGA